CCCCCAUUGUUGUAUUGUAGUAGUACCUACCUGGGCGGCCUUACAUAAGAGAGACGGGACGGGACCGCCUUGGAUACGUACCUCUGUCAUGCAGCGUUGGAGACUUACUCCAACCACUAUUGUUUUUAUUUUGUUUUUAUUUUUUAUUCACACGUCUUGCACCCUGUCCCCUGGCCGACCUCUGCAUGCCAGGCCGUGGCCACUGACGUUCAUCCCGUCGUUUCCCACUCUCUUCCUUUUUACCUGGGAAGCGGAGGUUCUGAUGCGAGCGGCACUUGUUGAGUUGGCAGCCGAUCAGACCGUGCGUCCGUCCAUGAUCGUCCAAGGCAGGCAAAUGGUGGGUGGUUAGCUGGGCAGGCAGUCGGUUCAUUCGAUGGGCUUCCGUCCAGCUGACCCAUCGUCCGUUCGGCCAGAUUGGUCGGUACUAGCGUCGGAUCGAGGUCUGGUGGUCAACUUGGAUGGCCCGAGCCCGCAGCAAGGACCCAAAGCGGAC